AAGCAAACCCCACAACCCAAAUCUUCUUCAAGCACUCUCUUCUUCUUCUGCAGAAUCCAAAGUUGAGAGCUUUUUCUUGGAUUUCACCUUCCAGUGACUCAUUCCGGUAUGCUUCUGCCUGUCCAUUUUCCAUUCCUUUUGAAGUUUGUAGUGCUGCUAAGAUGAAACAUAAAGAUCCAAUUUUUGAUUGAGAAGAGGGGGUAGGGAAGUGUUGGGUUUGGUUUGGUUUUCUUGAUUAUGCUUAAAAUGAGGGACUUUCCUUCUUGUUUUGGUGAGAAUGGGGUUCAAGUUGCUGAUGCUUCAUGUUCCAGUGUUGCUGGGGUGAGUAAAGCCCCCCAAAAUUUAGUUACUUGUGUUUAUCAGUGUAGAUUGCUGGAGAAAUCUUGUUUGGUGACUAUUGUUUGGAGCAAGAAUUUGAUGGGGCAAUGUCUUAGUGUUGAGAUAGAGGAUUUGUCUCAUCAGUGCCUUUGUAAAGUUGAUGUAAAGCCUUCACUGUUCUCAAAAAGGAAAGGGUCCAAGUCUUUAGAAGUGAAUUCUUGUAGAAUUGACCUCUAUUGGGAUCUCUCUGUGGCGAAAUUAGGGUCUGGGCCGGAGCCUUUGGAAGGGUAUUAUUUAGCUCUAGUGUGUAAUGGGCAUAUGGCUUUGGUUGUUGGGGAUCUGAGGAAAGAAGCAUUUAAGAAGACUAAUGCAAAUCCCCAGCUUUCUAGUGCCAUGUUCAUUUCCAAGAGGGAGCAUAUUUUUGGGAAGAGGGUGUUUGGCACUAAGGUUCAAUUUUGUGAUAGUGGUCCAAUUCACGACCUCGUAAUCGAAUGUGACACAAAUGGUGUUGAUGAUCCCUGCCUUUUUGUCCGCAUUGAUAGUAAGACAGUGAUGCAAGUGAGGCAUCUGUGCUGGAAGUUUCGCGGGAACUAUACCAUUUUGGUCGAUGGCCUUCCCGUGGAAGUUUUCUGGGAUGUCCAUAACUGGCUGUUUGGUACCAAUUUUGGGAAUGCGGUUUUCAUGUUCCAAACAUGCUUGUCAGCCGAGAAGUUGUGGAAAAGCCAGUCGUUGCCCGACCACUCUGUACUGCCUUGGCCUUACUCCGAGAGUUUCAGCAGUUCCAAGUCACCCGGUGUUGGUUUUUCUUUGAUUUUAUAUGCCUGGAAGAACGAGUAGUUGUUUAUUCCUCCCAAUUGCUCAGAGUAAAAUUUCUGAAGGAGAUUGUCGUGCUGACAAACUGGAUUAAAUUAUAUAGUUUUAUCAUUUUAAUCCAUUGUCCCUUUCUCUAUUUGCCUUGUUGAUUUCUUGGAAUGGAGUAAUUUGACUGAAAA